CAAUAAUCUAACGGAUUAAAAUGAGCUCUGCGGUUGCAAACUCAAAUUCUCAGAAGCAUUUAUCAAAACAUUUCUCGAAUGCCUCACAAAUGAGCAAGGGAGAUGGCAACAUUUCUGAAGAUUUGAAUGAGGAUUACACUAGUUAUAAAAUUAUUGAGUUGCUCAAGCAUGAUAAGUUUAUGGCCAACCUUGACCAUCUGAACAGUGUCCAAGCAGGCCAGAAGUUACCAGAACAUUUACUUACAGGAGAACUUACUAAACAGAAGGACGAUAAACCUAGCGUCAUGAAUCCGCUACAAGAGGAUAUUAAUCUGCUUAACGAGCAUUUUGAGAAUUCUGACAGGGAAAGCGACUCUAGUAACUUAUUUGACUCUUUUAAAGAAGACCUACCCAAAUUCGAUCCUUCAGUCAAUUAUUACGUUGAAUACUGGAAGACAUACAUUGAUAUCAAGAUGAGCAGGGAAGAACUUUCCCAAGUCACUGAAAAGAGAAAUGAGAAGCUAAAGGAGGUCUACAAGAUCAUGAAGUACUAUGACAGCAACUAUGAAGACCUGAAGGAAAACAGACCAAAUGGCAGAAAGAAACAUAAUAGGCGUACUGCUAAGGAGAUAUCGAAAGAAUUCAAGUGUCCUUAUAAGUGAGGCAAACUCUAUGGGUCUGAGGGCUCUCUUAAUCUCCAUAUGAAGUUAAAGCACGCUGGCGGAAAUAAGACAGACCGUGAGAAGACAGCCAAGUCUUUAGUAAUCGCACAAUUUCGAGGUGAAAAGCUGCCAGAUACCACAUUGAACCUUCCAGCUGGAGCUAUAGACGAAGCUGCAAAAGAGUUGAACAUAAAAUUCGACAAUAAGCUUCUCAAAGAUCUCCAACAAAAAGCUAAGGAGAAGUUUGAUCAAUAUCUUGAGAAGUGUAGGAGGGAGGGUAAAAUAGAUCCCUUGACUAACCUCCCUUUUGUGAGCAACUAGGCUAUCCAACACUCUCUCACUAUUCUCAAAAAGUGAGCGAAAAUAAUAAAAUCUGAU